AUGGCGGGGCUCGCCGGCGCGGCCAGGGGCCACGGCGGGCGGAGGCGAGGGGUGGCGCCGGUGCGGGCGCAGGACGCGGCCCGAGCGGGCGCACGCCUAGGUGCGGGCGGACCCGGCAAGGUGCCGGAGCAGGGGGCGGUGGCCACAGCGAGGCCAUGGCCGGAGCGGGGUGUGCUGGCCGUGGUCGGUGGAGAGGCGCCUGCGGGGAGGAGCGCUGGGCAAGGGGCCGCAGCGGGCGGACGGGGCUUGUGGUCUGGCGGACCCGGCGACGAGCGGCGCGGGCGGGGUCAAGCCCCGAGCGGCGACCAGCACGCGGGGGCGGCACGGCGGAGCGUGGGGCGGUGCAGGGGGUGGGGUGAGCGCAGGGAGGAGGGGCGCCCGUGCGUGCGGGUGGCCGCGGCGAGUGGAGCGGCAGAGCGAGGCGAGGUUCGGGCGCGCGCGGGGCAGGGCGCGGGGCGCAACGGUCGACGGCAGGCAAGGCACAGCCGCGCGUGGAGGGGGGGCGUGGCCGUGGCCGAGCCACACGGGCACGACCCCGACGCUCUGGUCGCGGCGGUGGCUAGGACCAGCAGGGAGGCGAGCGGGACAGUUUAUUGA